UUUGGAAAUGCAUUUAAAGUCAAAAUUCUCUUCGCACUGUAGCGAGACGUUCCAGGGAAGCUUAGAAGAAAGAAGCAAGAAAUUAUAAAGAAGCUUUAUCCCGGCCUCUUAAUACUUCAUAUCGUCUUGGCGCCGGGCGCGACAGGGGCGAAGGCGGAUAACUAUAGGUUUCAGAUGGAGCAUCGUGUCGAGGAGGUCGAUGAGCCCUCCAAGGAUAACUGCGUUGACAGGUUUUCCCGGUGUUGCCAGGUUCAAGAAUUCCAAUUUGGCGUCACCGCCAAUCCUCUCCAUUGUUCUUCCUUCUAAGACAGGUCGGGUCCUCAGCAUCCAGUCUCAUACUGUCCAGGGAUAUGUUGGCAAUAAGUCUGCUGUUUUACCUCUUCAACUUCUUGGAUACGAUGUUGAUCCAAUAAACUCUGUGCAGUUCUCUAAUCAUACAGGAUAUCCUACAUUUAGAGGGCAAGUGCUAGAUGGUCAACAGCUUUGGGAUCUUGUUGAAGGCCUUGCUGCAAACAAUUUGUUAUAUUACUCGCAUCUAUUGACUGGUUACAUUGGUUCAGUUUCUUUUUUAGAUGCAGUAUUGGGAGUUGUGGAAAAACUUCGUUUGAUAAAUCCUGAACUUAUAUAUGUUUGUGACCCAGUUAUGGGUGAUGAAGGAAAGCUUUAUGUUCCAGAGGAGUUGGUGUCUGUGUAUCGUGAAAAGGUUGUCCCUGUGGCUUCAAUGCUUACUCCUAACCAAUUUGAAAUCGAGAAACUGACAGGUUCCAGAAUUCUUUCAGAAAAAGAUAGUUUGGAAGCUUGUAAUAAGCUUCACGCUGCUGGCCCUCAAAAGGUGAUAAUAACUAGCAUAAUGUUUGAAGACAACCUUCUACUAAUUGGUAGUCAUAAAAAAGUUAAGGGGCAACCUCCUGAACAAUUUAAAAUAGCGAUACCAAAGAUUCCAGCAUAUUUCACUGGCACUGGAGAUCUAAUGACGGCUCUUUUACUUGGAUGGAGUAAUAAAUACCCAAAUGAUCUUGACAAGGCUUCAGAGCUUGCAGUAUCUAGCCUGCAGGCUGUGCUGCAAAGAACCAUUGCUGACUACAAAGAAGCCGGAUUUAAUCCUGGAUCAGAUAGUCUGGAGAUUCGGCUAAUUCAGAGCCAAGACGACAUUAGAAAUCCACAAGUUAAAUACAAGGCUGAAAAAUAUGCGCCAAAGAUUUGAUGCAUAGCUAAAACUCCAAGAUUUCCUUCAAAAAUGUAAGCUGAGACGGCGUUAAAGUGAAUGUAAUAUGAAUAAAAAAACAUUGAGGCAUUCGUGUCCUAAUUAUGAAUCUUUCAUUUAUGAUUUCAAUUUUCAAUCCAUUCAUGUUGGGAAAAUGAUCAUAAUAAUACCAAAUUUUAGAAAAAAAAA